AUUCUGGAGGUGUCACGUGGCGGAAGUCAUACGGAAGCUGCUGUAACAUCAGAACGAAGCUAAAAGUCUGUAUUUUCUGACAUUUAUGUAUAAUGGCAGUCCACUUAAAAGACAAAGAAGCUUACCAGAGACUAAAUUAUCUGUACCAGGCUGCACAUUGUGUUUUAUCUGAAAACCCGAACAACGUGGAGCUGGCUCGGUUCUACUGCUUCACACAGAGGACGAUUGCCAGACGUUUAGUUCUCAGACAAGACCCAUCAGUGAAGAGAACAUUAUGCAAGAAGUGCAGCACGUUGCUCAUCCCGGGUGUAACAGCUACAACGAGACAACGAAGAAAGAAGAACAAGACACGCUUCACUGUGGUGAGGUGUCUCAGCUGUGGCCAGAGUAAGACCUUGCUGAACAAUCCAGAUUACUGUUUAUGGGUGGACCGACCUGAGGCUCAGCUGGAGCAGCAAAAGCAGCCAGAUCCAGAAGCAUCUACUAAAAAUCAACCAAAAGACACAGAGCCUGAUAAGUCACAGUCUUCUAAACCCAGUGCUGCACGGAGUUCUGCCAGUACGUAACCGCAGCAGUUCCUCUCGCUUCACUUUGAAAUUUAAAAGGACUGAUUUCAUAUAUCCAUGGAUCAGACAUUAUUUAUAAUGCAAGCUUGUAUUGUGUUUGCGUCAUUGCUUUAGUGUUUGGCCCAUACUGCUGCCUGUAGCAGCCUCAUUGUUGAUGCUACCACCUGGUGGCCACUAUAUGGUGUCAUACACAUGUUGGAGAUCCCUUUUUUUUAUUCCAAUGGGAAAGACUUUAGACAUGGUUUCAUUGAAAACAAGAGACAAGAAAGGAUCUGUUAAAUAGAUUUUUGUCAUUAUUUUUCAUCCCAAAUAUGUAAAAUUUUCUACACAGUUCUAUUAAAUUGAAGUAAACAUCUUUUGGACAUUGAGCAUUGGUUAUCAAGUGUAGAUUUUUUGAAAUAAAGAUAAUCUUUCACUUCUU